AAUCCAUCUCCUUGAACGACAACCCAGCCCUUUCUAUUUCCUAUCCCCUAAUAUCUAAUCAUGCGUGAAAUCGUCCACCUCCAAACCGGCCAGUGCGGUAACCAAAUCGGUGCCAAAUUCUGGGAGGUUGUCUCCGAUGAGCAUGGUAUUGAGCGGGAUGGGCUCUACAAGGGCAACAACGACCUCCAGCUUGAACGUAUCUCCGUCUACUACAACGAGAUCGGUGCCAGCAAAUACGUUCCUCGAGCAGUCCUGGUUGACCUCGAGCCUGGUACCAUGGAUUCCGUUCGAUCGGGACCCCUUGGUAGCCUCUUCCGCCCUGACAACUUUGUGUUCGGCCAAAGUGGUGCUGGCAACAACUGGGCCAAAGGACAUUACACCGAGGGAGCUGAGCUCGUUGAUUCCGUUUUGGACGUCGUGCGCAAGGAGGCUGAGGGCUGCGACUGCCUGCAGGGCUUCCAGAUCACCCACUCACUUGGUGGUGGUACCGGUGCUGGUAUGGGUACCCUCCUUAUCUCCAAGAUUCGUGAGGAAUACCCCGACCGAAUGAUGUGCACAUACUCUGUCGUUCCUUCCCCCAAGGUCUCCGAUACCGUCGUUGAGCCUUACAACGCCACCCUCUCCGUCCAUCAAUUGGUUGAGAACUCUGACGAGACUUUCUGCAUUGAUAACGAGGCUCUCUACGACAUCUGCUUCCGAACAUUGAAGCUCUCCACACCCACUUAUGGCGAUCUCAACCACCUCGUCUCCAUCGUCAUGUCCGGUAUCACCACUUGCUUGCGAUUCCCUGGUCAACUCAACUCCGACUUGAGGAAGCUCGCUGUCAACAUGGUUCCUUUCCCUCGUCUCCACUUCUUCAUGACCGGCUUCGCUCCUCUCACCGCCCGUGGAAGCGCACAAUACCGCGCCGUCACCGUCCCCGAACUCACCCAGCAGAUGUUCGACGCCAAGAACAUGAUGGCUGCCUCCGAUCCUCGACAUGGUCGCUACCUCACCGUCGCCGCCGUCUUCCGUGGCAAGGUCUCCAUGAAGGAAGUUGAGGAGCAGAUGCAGAACGUCCAGAACAAGAACUCUGCCUACUUCGUCGAGUGGAUCCCCAACAACGUUCUCACCGCUCAGUGUGACAUUCCUCCCCGUGGCCUCAAGAUGGCUGUUACGUUCCUUGGUAACUCCACCGCCAUCCAGGAGCUCUUCAAACGUGUCAGCGACCAGUUCACUGCUAUGUUCAAGCGCAAGGCCUUCUUGCACUGGUACACCCAGGAGGGUAUGGACGAGAUGGAGUUCACCGAAGCCGAGUCCAACAUGCAGGAUCUUGUUGCUGAGUACCAGCAAUACCAGGACGCAACUGUUGAGGAGGAGGGUGAAUACGAGGAUGAGGUCCUCGAGGACGAGCAGUAAAUGAUUCGUUAGUUCUUUCCUGAACUGAUGAUUCGCGCGAUUCGUAUUUCUCUUUGUUGGUUGUUCUGAUGAUGAUGAAAAUGACGCAUCUCUUUAUUUGCUGCACUCGUACACCCAUCCUUUGGAAUGAUUAAUACCCCUCCUUUUUCAUCGCGGACGGUAGUCGUUCUCUUUGGGGCCGUGUUUCUUCCCAUUCGCAUGCGACCUCGUGGUCAUUGACUGUCUGUCCUCUUCCUCUCCACCUACCUCCACCACCUACGUUGACUGCAUAUCACUUUUUCAAACAUUCAUGAUAAUACGCUACCUUCUGGCAUGACCUUUUGAUGAUCGCUUUUUACUAUCCUUUCAAUUACGAUGUUGUCACUUCUAUUUGUCAUUUUGCGGAAUUAGUAUUUUCUUUCCAUCUUCGAUGGAGAGAUGAAU